AAAGUGCUUCCUGUGCGUGCCGCAGGUGGGCUCGGGGAAGUCUCGCUGGUUGGAACCCGCUCUGGGGCGGUGGCGGUGGGGACGGCCUCAGCGUUCUGUGACAGCCCUGCCUGCUUCCCCUCGUCCUCUCCCGGCUUGCGGCGACCGGCCACAGCUGCAGCCGGCCCGGGGCGUGCGGCCUGGAUUUUUUGAGACGCCUCGGACAUGAGCCCCACACAGUGGGACUUCCCUGUGGAAUUAUGUUGUCGGCCUAUGGCUUUUGUUACUCUUACGGGCCUGGACGUAGUUUAUAAUGCUGUCCAUCGAGCCGUCUGGGAUGCUUUCUGUGCCAAUCGGAGGGCUGAUCGGGUACCAAUUUCUUUCAAGGUGCUCCCAGGAGACCAUGAGUAUCCCAAAUGUAGACCCAAGAGAACAUCAUAUGAGUGGUACAUUCCUAAAGGCAUCUUAAAGACGGGUUGGAUGAAUAAACAUCUGAAUCUGGUGCCAGCCCUGGUGGUCGUGUUCUAUGAGCUGGACUGGGAUGAGCCUCAGUGGAAAGAAAAGCAGUCCGAGUGCGCUACCAGAGUGGAAAUAGUCAGGCAAAGUUUACAAGGGAGAAACACAAAAGUUGCAGUGGUUCUGAUUCAGAAGAAAACGCCUUUGCCGCCAGGAGAAGAUGUCAUUGCUUCAGAAAGGGCUGCAGCUUUAUGCAAUGCGUGCGAACUCUCAGGAAAGUCUUUGUUUGUGCUGCCCCACACUGACCACCUUGUGGGUUAUAUUAUAAGGUUAGAAAAUGCCUUUUAUGAACAUGCACAGACUUAUUACUACACUGAGAUCAGAAGAGUGAAAUCUCAUAAGGAAUUUUUGAAUAAAACAACACACCAGCUUUUAUUUGUUAGACAUCAGUUCAAGAUAGCUUUCUUCAGUGAGUUGAAACAAGAUACACAAAAUGCUCUGAAGAAUUAUAGGACCGCCUAUAAUCUGGUACAUGAAUUGAGAGCCCAUGAAACAAAUAUUCUGGAAAUUAAGACUAUGGCAGGAUUUAUAAACUACAAGAUCUGUAGGCUGUGUUUUCAGCACAACACCCCAUUAGAUGCAAUUGCUCAGUUCCGGAAACACGUCGACUUGUGUAAGAAAAAAAUCGGAAGUGCAGAGUUGUCUUUUGAGCAUGCUGCAUGGAUGGCUAAACAAUUCCAGGCCUUUGGAGAUUUAUUUGAUGAAGCUAUUAAGUUAGGGUUGACGGCUAUUCAAACUCAGAAUCCUGGUUUCUAUUACCAGCAGGCAGCGUACUAUGCCCAGGAGCGGAAGCAGCUUGCAAAAACCCUCUGCAGCCACGAAGCCUCUGUAACGUAUCCCAAUCCUGAUCCCUUAGAAACGCAGACAGGCCUUCUCGACUUUUACGGACAAAGAUCAUGGCGACAAGGAAUACUAAGUUUUGAUCUUUCUGAUCCUGAAAAAGAGAAAGUGGGAAUUCUUGCCAUUCAGCUGAAGGAGAGAAGUGUUGUUCACUCUGAAAUAAUAAUAACUCUUCUGAGCAAUGCUGUUGCACAAUUUAAGAAGUAUAAAUGUCCCAGAAUGAAAAGUCAUCUAAUGGUUCAAAUGGGAGAGGAAUAUUAUUAUGCAAAGGAUUAUACCAAAGCUUUGAAGUUGCUGGAUUACGUGCUGUGUGAUUAUCGGAGCGAGGGCUGGUGGAGCCUACUCACAUCCAUACUGACGACGGCUCUGAAGUGCUCCUACCUCAUGGCCCAGUUAAAAGAUUACGUUACCUAUUCCCUCGAACUCCUUGGAAGAGCUUCAACUCUGAAAGAUGACCAGAAAUCUCGGAUAGAAAAGAACCUCAUAAAUGUUUUAAUGAAUGAAAGUCCUGAUCCUGAACCGGACUGUGAUAUCUUGGCUGUGAAAACGGCCCAGAAGCUGUGGGCAGACCGAGUGUCUCUGGCCGGCAGCAAUGUUUUCACAAUAGGAGUACAGGACUUUGUGCCAUUUGUUCAAUGCAAAGCCAAGUUCCACGCCCCGAGUUUUCACGUUGAUGUUCCUGUGCACUUCGAUAUUUAUCUGAAGGCUGAUUGUCCACAUCCCAUUAGGUUUUCUAAGCUCUGUGUCAGCUUUAAUAAUCAGGAAUAUAACCAGUUUUGUGUCAUCGAAGAAGCUUCCAAAGCGAGUGAAGUUUUAGAAAAUUUGACUCAGGGAAAGAUGUGCUUAGUUCCUGGUAAAACAAGGAAGUUUUUAUUUAAAUUUGUUGCAAAAACUGAAGAUGUGGGAAAGAAAAUUGAGAUUACUUCCGUGGAUCUGGUUCUGGGCAGUGAGACGGGAAGAUGCGUGGUUUUAAACUGGCAGGGAGGAGGGGGAGACGCUGCCUCCCCCCAAGAAGCCUUGCAGGCCUCGCGGUCUUUCAAAAGACGGCCGAAGCUGCCGGCCAGCGAGCUGCACUGGGACAGCAUAGUCAUUCAGGCCAGCACGAUGAUCAUUUCCAGAGUUCCAAACAUUUCUGUCCAUCUGCGGCACGACCCUCCCGCCCUGACUAAUGAAAUGUAUUGUUUGGUUGUGACUGUUCAGUCCCACGAAAAGACCGAAAUCAGAGAUGUGAAGCUCACCGCUGGUUUAAAACCCGGCCAGGAUGCCAAUUUAACUCAGAAGACUCAGGUGACCCUCCGUGGAACAGAACUGUGCGAUGAGUCCUACCCAGCUUUACUCACUGACAUUCCUGUCGGAGACCUACGCCCAGGGGAGCAGCUGGAAAAAAUGCUAUAUGUUCGCUGUGGAACAGUGGGUUCGAGAAUGUUUCUCGUGUAUGUCUCUUACCUGAUCAAUACAACUAUUGAAGAAAAGGAAAUUGUUUGCAAGUGUCACAAGGAUGAAACUGUAACAAUAGAAACCGUCUUUCCAUUUGACGUUGCAGUUAAAUUUGUUUCGACAAAGUUUGAGCACCUGGAAAGGGUCUAUGCUGACAUCCCCUUUCUGCUGAUGACGGACCUUUUAAGUGCCUCUCCCUGGGCGCUCACUAUUGUGUCCAGUGAGCUGCAGCUUGCUCCUUCUAUGACCGCGGUGGACCAGCUGGAGUCCCAGCUGGACAAAGUUGUCUUACAGACUGGAGAGAGCGCUAGUGAAUGCUUUUGUCUUCGGUGCCCAUCUGUUGGAAAUGUUGAAGGUGGAGUAGCAACUGGGCAUUAUAUUAUCUCCUGGAAGAGGACUUCAGCCACGGAAAACAUCCCUGUCAUCAGUACUGUCAUCACUCUGCCACAUGUGAUUGUAGAAAAUAUCCCUCUGCAUGUGAACGCAGAUCUGCCGUCGUUUGGGCGUGUCAGAGAAUCAUUACCUGUGAGGUAUCACCUGCAGAAUAAGACUAACUUAGUGCAAGAUGUGGAGGUUUCUGUGGAGCCCAGCGAUGCCUUCAUGUUCUCAGGCCUUAAACAGAUUCGAUUACGUAUUCUGCCUGGCACAGAACAGGAAAUGUUGUAUAAUUUCUAUCCGCUAAUGGCUGGAUACCAGCAGCUGCCGUCGCUCAACAUCAACUUGCUGAGAUUUCCUAACUUCACCAAUCAGCUGCUCAGGCGCUUUAUACCCACCAGUAUUUUUGUAAAGCCGCAGGGUCGACUGAUGGACGACACCUCCAUUGCCGCCGCGUGAUGGGCACGACCAGCCCCUGGCGGUUCUUCCAGAGACGCCGAGAGAGCUGUGCGCGCUUCUUAUUGUGAGCUGCAGCUUUGAUCGUGGUAAAGGUUAAUCUUUUCUAUUUUUUAAUGGAUGUUAUACCAACUGUUCAGAGGAACUCGUGCUUAAAAUAUUAGGAAAAUCUAUCCUCUCUUAUAGUUUCACUAAUAAAUAUUUGAAAUCUGUCAGUGUGACAUGAAAGGAUGUCAGAUCACUGUUAUCGUUGAUCAUUUUACGAAUAGUCAGUUCUUUUAAAAAGUCGGUGAUUUGCAUGUGCAAUAUCAGAGGAUGAUUAAGCAUCUCAACUGGGACUGGACACGCAGAGGAAAAGCUGCCCAGGGAAGUUCUCACCCCCCGUGUCUCCUUCAGACUCGGCCAAACUUCCUCGUAAAGGCAAUGUGUGCUCAGAAUACAUCACAACGACUUUGUAAGCAACCGUAUGACUGAUACAGAAAACUUCCAGAAGGUUCUAAUUAAAGCAAUUUAAGUUGUCUAAAAAGUAUGUGUGCUUACUGUCAAAACAUGUCACAUAGGUUCAGCUCAGAGCCAAAAUGGGGAUCAUUUGUGAAGCAGAUUUCUCUUUGUAAGUGUGUUAACGAGAUCUUCACCUGCAAGGUUCUGGUUGCAAGGACUUGACUAUAAGCAUAAUUUCCUACACUAAAAGUUUUUGAAAGAGAUGCAAGGUCUAAAAAAGGGCUUUUAGUUGUGCUGUGCAGUUUCAAAAGAACUAUUUAAAACUCUUGAAAAUUCUUGUAAAUAAAAAUCAUACUAUGAAAAUUUUCUUUGUUCAAAUAUCUUAAUUUAAAACUACUUGAUUUCCUGGAAAAUUUUAUUAUUUAAAGCUGUAGGAGUUGUAAAAAGGAAAUAGUCAUGUAAAUAAAUGUUCUCUUUCAAAUA